GACUCGGGAGUCACCGGGUGCACCACAGCACUGUGAGCUAUUCUUUGCUAAUAUUGGCUCCGCCUCUCUGUUUACAUGACGUCAGCGGAAACGGCUUCCGGUGUCAACAUCAUGGCGCACUAGUCUCUGCUGCUGAAAGAUGAAGGUGAUCCAACACACUGCAGAGGAACUCCGCACGGCUUUGGUCUCUAAUUCUAAGGAUUUAGCCAAAAUUUACAGUAAAUACACAAAGGAAGAAAGGUGUCUUCUGGAGGAAGGAUUCCACUCAGGGCAGCCGGGUUCCCUUUUCCAACCCAUCACUGUACACUCUGACUCAGACUGGAUCUCUGCUCAUCCUGAGGAGCCUCAAGAUUUUGAGAGUUUCUACAGAGACUCUUAUCGAAGGACGCCUGAUGCAAGUCACAAUACUAUUUAUAUUCAAACAAUAGGUUCAUUUGGAGAAGUGGGGGCUCUGACAGACCAGUAUGUGGAGUGGCUCAGAGAUUACUGCCAGGCCUUCUUCUACGGGCUUUCUGUCAAAUUGCUGCCAGCAGUCACUGUGUCUGAAACAGGAUGCUCUUUCAGGGUUAACAGUAACUCAAAUAACCUUCAGAUCCUCACUGGUGACCUGCUACGAUUUCUGGGAAACAAGAAACCAAAAGAUGCGUUUUGUAUUGUUGGAAUCACAAUGAUUGACCUCUACCCCGAAGACUCCUGGAACUUUGUUUUUGGACAGGCUUCUCUCAGUAUGGGAAUGGGAGUUUUCAGUUUUGCCAGAUAUGAUGACAACUUCUACACCAGAGGUUAUGCUGGGAGGCUGAAGAAACGGAUCCAGCCAAGGCGGGGGGACUAUUCUGUGUUUGAGGGGUAUUACACUCCCCCCAUCACCAGCACUCUGCUGCUUCGAUCCUGCAAGACCAUGACCCAUGAGAUUGGUCAUAUGUUUGGAAUCGGGCAUUGCCAGUGGUUGAAUUGCGUCAUGCAGGGCUCCAACCACCUUGAGGAGUCUGAUCGCAGGCCAUUGGAUUUCUGUCCCAUCUGCCUCCGCAAAAUACACGUCUCAGUCGGCUUCAAAAUAGCGGAAAGAUACAAGGCCUUAUUGCAUUGGAUGGAGGAGGAUCGGAGCCAAACAUCAGGACCAGAGACGGCCUCUCAUCCUGCAACAUGCUUUCCUAAACCCACUGAAGCCUUUCACACAUCCCAACAGUGGCUCCGCAGGUGUUUGGACAGACUGGAAACUGGAAACAGGUGAACUGUAGUACUUGGCCACGACUCUGAAUAAUGGAACAGAUGCAGAUAUCAAAAAUUACAUGAAGCUCAUAAUCAGAAAUGUCAUAUAUUUUGUUUCUGUUGCCGUUUGCUGAGCAGAAUCUUGUUUAAAAGUGACUACUGGAUCUACUCAUAGUGUUUGGUUUGAGGUCUUGCCUGUCUGCAGUAAAAACAAUUACAUAUUUAAUUGUAUUGAUUAAAACAUGGUGACAUGGUGACACUGGGAAUCUGUUUUCCCAUGAAGUUAAAAAUGGUUGAAGUUUUAAUGGUAAAUCUGUGUUGUCGGGUCUUAACCUUAAUAUUUACCCUUGUUAGCUAAAUUCGUAAUGUUUGUUUUUUCUACUAGAAAGCACUUUAGUCCAAUGUCUGCUAUUUUAAAUUCGCUAUAUAAAUAACAGUAACAUUCAGUUUAAUAUAGAUAAUAUAGAAUAUUAUUUUUGGUUGAGGUGUAGAGCUGGGACAGGAUCAUAUCAUCUGAUAGUGACUUUUAUUUUUCUGUUGCUGUUUCUGAGUUCUGAGGUUAUGAUGGUUUGACAAAUACGUGAGCACUAAAUGGCUCUAAAAAUAAACUUAAAAAAAGAAGUUACACAUAAUUCAGUAUUUAAUUGUUGCUUUACUGUAAUUCAACACAUUUUCAUUACAAAAAUAGUUUGAGUCUGACAUCCCAUAGUACAUACCAGUGCACUGUCAACUUGAAAACAGUGUGAUUAAAAAUGAACACUUUCAAUCGCA